UCUCACCUCACUUUCUUUACCACACACUUUGCAUCAAGUAUCUCGAGUGACGUUUAUAUCUCCUUUUCACAUACUGGCACUACCCAUGACGUAUCGUGGGAAGAGAUCAAUCUUAUGAUUACGACGCUGCUGAAUUUCGGGGUAUUAUCGGCGUAUACAGGAUCCACAGCUUCGCGGGGUGGAAAUAGCGUCCCUCUCUGAACUCUUCGAGACUCUCUACUACUAAUACAGUGAGCUCUUACUACUGUUCUUACAUCAUCUGCCAAAGUACAGAAUUGCACAAUGUCAUCGGCCAUGUCAAAGCGCCUCGAGGGCAAGACAGUCCUCAUAACCGGUGCUUCCUCCGGUAUCGGACGAGCUACAGCUUUCGAGUUUGCCCGCACUGCGCCAAAUAACCUCAAAUUGGUUCUAACAGCCCGACGGGUGGACACCCUCAAGCAGAUUGCAGAUGAAAUCAACAAGGAGGUAGGCAGCGGCGUCAAAGUGCUCCCCGUCCAGCUUGACGUGAGCAAAUCCGCCGAGGUGCGCGCGUUCGUGGGGCAGCUCCCUGGUGAGUUCAAAGAGAUCGAUGUGCUGGUGAACAAUGCUGGUUUGGUGAAAGGUGUGGCCAAGGCCCCCGAAAUCGCUGAAGAGGACAUGAACGUCAUGUUUGAGACCAACGUCACUGGCUUAAUCAACAUGACGCAAGCCAUCCUGCCUAUUAUGCUGAAGCGCAACAACGGCGAGGGCGCUGGCGACAUCAUCAACAUCGGGUCAGUCGCAGGCCGUGAGCCCUACGUUGGCGGUGGCAUCUACUGCGCCACCAAGGCAGCCGUUCGGUCUUUCACCGACAGCUUGCGAAAGGAAUUGAUUUCGAAAAGGAUCCGCGUCAUUAGCGUCGACCCAGGCCAGGUCGAAACUGAAUUCUCGAUUGUCCGGUUCUACGGCGACAAGAGCAAGGCCGAUGCUGUCUAUGCGGGUUGUGAUCCAUUGACACCCGAAGACAUUGCCGAGACAAUUGUUUUUGCCGCAGGACGGAGGGAAAACGUCGUGAUUGCGGAUACCUUGAUUUUCCCUAACCACCAAGCCGCUGCAACGAUCAUGCACAGAAAAUCAACAUAGAUGUACGGAGUAGAUUCACGAAUUGCUAGGAUGAAUAGUCCUUUUCAGUCCUAGUGCGAAUAUCAAGUCCUGGCAUUCGUGACAAAAGGGGGUUAAGUCCGAUGCAGAUGAUAAAUCCGCUUCGGUUCCACUGUACCGCAUGAGUGACAGUUACCUACGCCGAACACAUGUUCUUCUCUUCAUCUCUUGGCGUAUCCUUUCUAGAGCCUUGCUCCUUGCUCUUUGAGCUACAGGGGGUAGACGGCUCGAAGUUAAGCGGGAUAGGGAGAAGCUAGUUCGCUUCCACCAACAAUUAGGUACCUUGACCGCUGGCUACGGAAAUGCGAUGGCGCAACUUACGCGCAGAAUGAUCAGCCGGAUUUCUCUGCUAGGACACUAUCUAACACGUUGAAAGUUGAAAGUAAGGUACCCAAGCUUGGACCACAAGCAGUGCGCAACUAGGAAAUCAAUUGUAAGCAAUGGUA